GAUGCUAAUGCAUAGGAUCCGCCCCUGUACCCCUCGCUUUUCUCACGAUAAGAACUCUUAAAUUGCUUCGCUAUAUAUCAUCACUCUCCGUUCCCACUCAGUUUCAGAGCUUCAGAUUACGAAAAUAUUGUCAAGGAGAGAAAGAAGAAGAGAUCGAUAUGGAGGGAGUAGAGCACAGAACGGUUAGAGUCAACGGCAUUGACAUGCACGUAGCCGAGAAAGGCCAAGGCCCUGUGGUCCUCUUCAUCCACGGCUUCCCGGAGCUCUGGUACUCCUGGAGGCACCAAAUACAAGCAUUGGCCGCGCUCGGCUACCGAGCAGUGGCUCCAGACCUCCGCGGCUACGGCGACACGGAUGCGCCACCAGACGCGUCGAGCUACACUUGCUUCUAUGUGGUGGGAGAUCUCAUUGCGCUCUUGGAUGCCGUCACCGACGACCAGGAGAAGGUGUUCGUGGUGGGACACGACUGGGGUGCACUAAUUGCUUGGUAUCUUUGCCUGUUCCGACCCGAUCGAGUGAAGGCUCUAGUCAACUUGAGCGUGCAUUUUUAUCCUAGAAAUCCUCAGAUGAAGACUCUUGAAUCCAUGAAAGCUGCAUACGGGGAUGACUACUAUAUUUGCAGAUUUCAGGAGCCUGGAGAGAUAGAAGCCGAGUUCGCCCAAAUUGGUACUGCAAGAGUUAUUAAGGAAUUCCUAACCUUAUUUCGCCACCCUGGUCCACUUUUCCUACCUAAGGGUAAAUGCUUUGGACAUCCCUCUGAUUCUCCGAUUGCCUUGCCAAGUUGGUUGUCCGAGGAUGAUGUUAACUACUAUGUCGGCAAAUUUGAGAAGAAGGGUUUCACUGGUGGCUUAAACUACUACCGGAACUUUGACAGAAAUUGGGAACUCCUUGCACCCUGGACUGGAGCUCAAGUUAAGGUUCCCGUUAAGUUCAUUGUGGGAGACCUGGACCUAGUUUAUAAUUCUCUAGGUUCCAAGGAUUUCAUAUACAAUGGCGAGUUCAAGAAAUAUGUGCCGUUCCUGGAAGAGGUAGUCGUAAUGGAAGGAGUUGCCCAUUUUAUCAACCAAGAAAAGGGCGACGAAAUCAGCGGACACAUUCACGACUUCAUCAAGAAAUUCGAGUGAUAUGCAUUAAUAUUGCAUCUCCCUGUGUAUGGUGUCGAUCAGUUUCUUGUGUUCUUGUAUUUCUUUUUUUGUUGUGUCCUUGUACUUACAUUAUCAGUAUCUGUUAUGCAUUUGUCUUCUCUUUU